CGAUGAUGCCAUUGCAAUCACCCAAUUUAUAUAAAAAAGGACUGAAAACGCUUCAUAUUGCUUUUGGUCUAUAAAUCAAACCAUGACUUCCAUCGUGAUUAUAGGUGCUGGAACUUUUGGUCUUUCUACUGCUUUACAACUUUUAAGAAAAGGUGAAAAGAAUGUCACGAUAAUCGAUCCUUACGAAACUCCCUCUCCUUUGAGUGCUGGUAAUGACGUUAAUAAGAUCUUGCAGAGCUCGGUCGAGGAAAAAUUUUAUUCUGAAUUGGCAUUGAAAUCUUUAGACUUAUGGCAAAAUGAUCCCGUAUUUAAACCGGCAUUACACGAAACGGGUAUACUUUAUACGACUGAAAAAGAUUUUGCUUAUUUUAAAGAAAGGAAACAGUUCUUAGACGAAAAAGCAAUUCAGUACAAGAGUUUGAAAGAUCAGCUGGACUUCACUAAACUUAUUCCCUCGGUCGACGAUGGCUCGGACCAAUCAAAACGAUUUCAAGAAUGGGAAGGUUUGUACCAACAGGAAAAAUGUGGAUGGGUGUAUGCAGCCGAAGUUUUAAGAUUAAUAGCUACUGAAGUUAAAAGGCUAGGAGGAAAAUUCGUACGUGAUGCAGUUGACGAAAUUUUGUAUGAUGAAAAAGAUAACUCUGUUGUUGGGGUCAGAACCUACUCUGGAGAAAUUUUCCAUUCGAACAAAGUUGUUGUUGCAGCUGGUGCUCAAUCUUAUAGGCUCUUGGAUUUUGAAGGACAGUUGUUGGCUAAAUGCUGGACUGUCAGUCAUAUCAGAUUAAGCCCGGAACAAGCUGAAAAGUUAAGAGAAAUUCCAGUGGUUCUCAGCUUAGACCAUGGGUUUUUCUUCGAACCAGACUCAAAUAACGAUUUGAAAAUUUGCAAUGAGUUCCCUGGUUAUAUCAACUGGGAUGAUACUAUUAAAGAAUCGGUCCCCGUAUACAAAAAUCUAAUUCCAAAAGAAGCUGAAACCUAUACUCGUCUUUUUUUAAAAGAAGUUUUCCCUGAGCUUUCCGAUAAACCUUUCAGCUUGACUAAGAUUUGCUGGUGUACUGAUACUCCGGAUCGCCACUUUCUAAUUGGAUCUCAUCCUGAUCACAGAGGGUUGAUUUUGGGUACUGGUGAUUCUGGCCAAGGUUUCAAAUUCUGCCCAAUCGUGGGCCAUUAUAUAUCUAAAGUGGUAUUGGAAGGCGAUGAAGCCUUGGAUCCGGUUAAAAGAGAAGCUUGGAAAUGGAGACCGGAAACUGCAAAGAAUAGAGAUAUUUUUGAUGUCCAAGGAAGAGAUGGAGGAAUCAAUAUUAUAAAAGACUUAAAAGAUAUUAGCGAAUGGACUGAUGGUAAAGAUAUUGGAAAACUUGACAUAAAUGCAUUAACAAUUUAAUAUAUACAGUAUAUUCAAG